UAUAUUAUGAUCUUGCUCAUAACUAGUUUCACUAUUAUGACUGUAUGUGCCGUGGAAAUUUCUAUAGAAGGUGAUAUAAGUUUUCACUUCAAAGUUGAUGAAGAUGACAAAGUGGAUCGUGAGGUUGUGAACAGUGUAUCCGAUGAGCUUGAAAUGAAAGCAAAUGAUAAGGAGGAGACUAAGGGAGAGAGAAAAAAGAGAUAUAAAAGAUUAAAAAUGGUGACAGCCGCUGCCGCUGUUGAGUGUGUUUAUCAGUUUCCUGAGAAGCGGCAGAUAGAAGCCAUACUCAGUAAUAUGAUGAACCAGCUUGCCAAGAUUUACUUGAGAGUUCAAGAGUUCGUGCGGAAAGGCAGCACCGAGUCCAGGUUCCGAGUGGUCGCCGCCCAGAACCAGUCAGUCUUCGAUAAGAUCUUCAUCAAAAUGGCUGAUGAAUACAGAAACCUUUACGACAGGAUCUCAAAAAGGAUACCCAAGACAAUGGACCCAUGUUUCUACCAGUCCCAACUGAAGAGUAUCUGGAGUCGUCUCCUGGACAUUUCUAUAGCCAAACUCCGCACGGCUGUGAUGCGGUCUAUAGUACUUUACCUGAAACAAAUGCCCUUGUCCAGUAAGAAACGUAGUGGGGUGGAACAGCUGAUAGAAAGAGAAUUGUCAAAAGUGAGAUCUAUACAACUUGAUACGCUCUGCGAUAUUUUCCAACUGUGUUAUAAUGAACUUCUGUAGUCAUUAUUGUUGUAAUUGAACGGCCUCUGUGGCGCAGCGGCAGUAC